AUGACUCCAGCUGCUACACCACGCUCUCAAGAAGCGCAGGAAAAUGAUGCUUUGUUAAAAAGCAUGCCCGCUGAAAACGUCGCUCCAUUAUGGAAGAUAUUGAAGAAGUUGUCUCCUCCCAAGCCAAACCCAAUUUCAGUUCCUCAUCUCUGGAACUACAAGAAAUUAAAGCCAAUCUUAGAUGAAUCUGGACGUCUUGUUCCAACAGAACUUGCUGAGAGAAGAGUGCUUAUGUUGGUUAAUCCAAAGUUAAAUGGUCCCCGAACUACUGAAACUUUGUAUGCUGGUCUUCAAUAUAUUAGACCUGGUGAAGUUGCUGCUGCCCAUAGACACGUUGCUUUUGCUCUUAGAUUCAUCCUUGAAGGACAAGGAGGUUUCACUAAUGUCGAGGGAACUAGAAUGUCAAUGCAAAGAGGUGACGUACUUUUAACCCCAAGAAACUGCUGGCACGAUCAUGGUAAGGAUGGAAAUGGUCCUAUGAUCUGGUUAGAUGGUUUGGACUUGCCAAUGUGGCAAUCAAUUCCCGUGAACUACACUGAUUACUAUGAAGAAGACAGAUUCCCAGCUGUUGAUAAUGAAAACACUCCAAUGAAGUUCCCAUGGCAACCAGUCCAAGACAAGCUUGACAGUAUUAAGGGUGACUUUGCUAUUUUCGAAUAUCGUGACCAGGAAAAUCCUGAAAAGUACGUAUCCUCUAUACUUGGCGCUGAAGCCUUGAGAGUUUCUCCAAGUGCUUCUACUCCUGUCCGUCAAGAAAACAGUUCUUUCGUUUUCUGUGUCUACGAAGGUAAGGGCCAUACUAUUGUCUACGGUGACGACGGUGAAGAGAAUGUUUUCAACUGGGAAAACAGUGAUGUCUUCUGUAUUCCUUGUAACAUGCCAUUCAAGCACUUUAAUGACAGUGAAGAACAAGCUUAUCUCUUCAACUUCUCGGACACCCCAUUGCUCAAAAACUUGAGAAUUCACAGUUCCGACUUGAAGAAGCAUAACUAG